CGGUUUUCCUUUUUCCCGUCAUUUUUUUCAUAGCAGCAUAAAAAAGCAAAGUACACCCAAAAGGAAUGAAUAAAUAAAUCAAAAGAAACAGAAGAGAGAUUUGCGUACAAUUUCUACAGUAAAGACUGCAAUCGAAAACGACUGCUCAUUCUCUCUCUUCUCUUUACCGUUACAAAGAAAGAAAGAAAAAACUCUGAAGGAAAAAAUAAAACCCAAAAAAAAUAUUCGCAUCAUCUCUCAAUCUCAAUCUCUUUCAAAAGAGUUUGGUGGCGGGUGGCGGAUCUUGGGUCGUCUCGAUUAGGUGAUUAGAUUGGGGAAAAUGAGAGGAAAGGGAGGUGCAAAUGGUAACUGCUUCGUUUUGAGCACCGGGGCAAGGAUUCCUGCUAUUGGGCUCGGUACAUGGCAAUCUGGAGGAGAUAUUUGCGUCGAAGCUGUGUCUACUGCGUUAAAGGUUGGAUAUCGCCAUAUAGAUUGUGCUCAUUUGUAUGAAAAUGAAGCAGAGGUGGGAAAAGCAUUGGCUGAGGCUUUUAGCGGUGGUCUUAAGAGAGAAGAUGUUUUCUUGACAUCGAAACUCUAUUUCGCUACAAAUUCUCAAAAGAGGAUUGAGAACUCCGUUAGAGUUUCUUUGAAGAACCUCGGUGUGUCGUAUUUAGACUUGUAUCUUGUGCAUUGGAGCGAGAGUUCAGCGUUUGGAGAUGCUACUGAUCCUCCGUGGAAUUCGGGGAGUGAUUAUAGACAGUUUUUGCAACGUUUGAAACCGACUUGGAAAGCGAUGGAGGAUCUUGUGGAGAUGGGUUUGGUUCGUGCUAUUGGCGUAAGCAAUUUCAGUGUUCAGCAAAUUGAGGAGCUGCUUCAGUUUGCCAAAAUUGUUCCUGCAGUGAAUCAGGUGGAGUUGCAUCCUUUUUGGAGACAGGAUGAGCUUGUAAAGUUCUGUCAAGAGAACGGCAUUCAUGUCUCUGCUCAUACUCCAUUAGGAGUGCCAGCAACAAGUGGAGCUGUGCCAACCAUGGGCCUUGGCCUAUCUGAUAGUGGAUCAGAGGAUGAACCAGGAACUCCUAGGAUUACAUUUAGGAGGUCAAGAUCAGUGCAUGGACCAAUGCUGAAGCUUUCUGUUGUUAAGGAAAUUGCAGAAUAUCAUGGGAAGACGCCUGAACAGGUAAUUUUGCGAUGGGGUCUACAACGAGGAACUAGUGUUCUCCCCUGCAGUCUGAAGCCUGAAAGAAUCCUCAAAAACAUCGAUAUCUUCAACUGGUCUCUCUCCGACGAAGAGUUGAACAGGAUGAACAGAAUCGAACCACAAGUAUGCCUCUUUGGAAAUUGGCCUUCGACCACAUCUGAAAGCGGUUUUCACUCUGGAAGUGGUCCUCUUCAAGCAGUUCGUGAGAUGGAAGAUGACAUCGAUUUCACUUCUUGAUUCAAGAAUGGCUUCUUGAUCGAUUCAAGUGAUGAGAGGACCAAAUGUUUUUCUUGAAGUAGUAUUGUGUUUGUUAAUGUCUUGUAGGAUCGAUCAGCUAUCAUGUAGAAACUUCAGUACAAUAACAGUUGUGGAUUGAUUUUCUUCUCUUCUGGUCAAGUGAUAAUGGUUUUCUUUUUCAUCAA